ACGUGGCGGGUGGCAUUGUAUGGACUAUGGAGAAGCAAAGCUUACGUCCCGGAAUAAAGAAGCGCAUCUCGAUCUCGGCCAUCUCGGGCGGCAUCACCCAGACAAAGAUUUCAGAGCGCAUAUGCAUCCCUUUCUCCUUCAUUAAAUACGCCUCAACUCACUUCCUACGCCUCCCUUUCCUCUCCCCCCUCCUCUCCAUUCCCAUGGCGUCCAUGGCGUCGUCGUGCUGAGUUCGUCAGAGCUACCUGCUCCUGCUCCUGCUCGGUCCUCACUGCGCUGUCUCUGAGUAGAUUUGCUUGCGUUCUUUUGAGAUGGAAGUGUUCGACGAGGCGGCGGUGGUGGUGGCUGCGCCGCCUCCUCCGCAGCCGGAAUGCGGGGCGGCGGCGGCGGUGGUGGGCGGCGAGCCCGGGUGGUCCUCGCCGUCCCCGGCCGCGUCGCCGGAGUUCGAGUUCUGGAUGGUGGGGAAGAACCCCUCCUCGUUCCAGUCCCCCGCUCUGCUCACCGCCGACGAGCUCUUCUCCGACGGCAUUGUGCUCCCGCUCCGCACCCUCCAGCAGGUGCCCUCCGGUGAAGGCGACGGCGAAGGUGAGGAGGGCGAGGGCGAGGGCGAUGCCGCCGCCGUGGAGUCCUCUGAUUUGCCGGAGGCGGCGGCGCAGCGGGUCGCGGAGUCCGGGGGCCCCGCGCCGACGCCGGACCUCCCGGCGGUGACGUUCAAGUGGAAGGACAUCUUCAAGGCGACCGGCGGCGGGGAGUCCAAGGACCGGAAGAAGGUGGAGCGCCGCGUCAGCAGCGUCGGCGGCAACGGCGAGCUCAUCAACAUCAACAUAUGGCCCUUCUCCCGGAGCCGCUCGGCCGGCCACUCCGCCGCCGGCGCCGGCACCGCGGCGGCGGGAGCGGCCUUGAGCCGCAACAAGUCAAAUCCCAAUGCCAAUGUCAACGCCAACGCCAGCAAUAACGCCGCCGCCGCAGCCGCAGCCGCAGCCACCGCACCGGCCGCCGCGACGGCGCCAGGGCCCGCGCCCGCGCGCAAGGUGAGCAGCGCGCCGUGCUCCCGGAGCAACUCCCGCGGAGAGACCUCCGCCGCCGCGCCGCCGCCGUCUAUUGCCACCGCCGCAUGUGCAGCCGCCGCCGCCGCAGCAACCGCCCCGGCGCCAGCACCCGCCACCUCCAUGCUGAGGAGGCUGGUGCCCGGUCAUGGACGAACAGGCGCCCUCACCGUCACCGGCAUCCGCCUCGGCCGCGCCAGCCCCGUCUGGCAGCUCAGGCGCAACAAGCUGCAGCAGCAAGGCGCCGCGGCCGAGCAGAAGCAGAGCAGCGACACCCCCACCCCCACCACCGCCGCCACCAAGAAGAAGGCCACUGCCACCACAACCACAGCAGCAACCCCCACCACCCAAGACGUCGACGGCGAGGACAAGGCCGCGGCGAGCGCGACCACGCCAGCGGCGGCGGCGGCAACCGCCGGUUGCCGGAACAACGCGUCGUGCUCGGAAGCCGGCGGCGAGGAAAGCAACCCGCCGCAGGGGCUGUUCGGCCUCCGGACCUUCUUCUCCAAGAAGGUGUACUGAUUGCGAUUCGUCCACGUUUAUUUUUGUACAUAGCAUUCGAGCUAUAGCUUACUCCAUAGCUGCUGGCUCAUUCAAUUCACAUCUCCUCCUCCUCCCCUUUCACUUCGAUUCAGCAAGAGUAGCUUUUAGCUUUUCUUUCUUCUUCUCCAUUGUACUUCUACUAAUCUACUGCUCCUUCUACUACAUGCAAAAAUGCAACCGCUAAGCUCAAGUGCAUUUACCCGCGUAAUUAAAACGGUGUUCCUUAA